AUGGCCUGGCGAAGCAGUGGCACUACAAAUGAUGAAAUGGUGGACAACCUGAAGCGUUUUGGGGUGAUUUCUACCCCAGCGGUCGAAGAGGCGUUCCGUCAAGUGGAUCGGGCCUUCUUUGUUCCACCGAAUCAGAGGGAUCUCGCCCACUCGGAUCAGCCACUUCGCGAGGGUAACCUUCACAUCUCGGCGCCUCAUAUCUAUGGAAGUGUCCUGGAAGCUCUCGAGCUUACACCGCAAUCCUCUCUCAGCUUCCUCAAUGUGGGAUCAGGUACUGGGUACAUGUCCUGUAUUGUGGCUUCGGUUCUGGGGUGUCACUCCAAUAACUACGGUAUCGAGGUCUUCAAGGAUGUGGUGGAACACUCCAAGGAAGCCACGGUGCGCUGGAAGGCGUCGAUCCGCAAGCCUGUCCCGCACAUUGAGUGGGUUCAUGGGAAUGCACUCAAUAUUAACCCUGACAAGGGCGAAGCGGUCGUUGGAUUCGAUCGAAUCUAUAUUGGAGCUUCUGUCGACAAGGAAGAUCUUCCCAAGAUUGCCAACUUAUUACGUCCUGGAGGAAUCUUGGUUGGUCCAGUGGAGGAUGAACUCAUGAAGGUUACCAGGAUUGGUACCCGCACUGGCACCCGCAAGAACUCGAUUGGCUCCGAGAUGGAAACCGAUGAUCCAAAUCCCCUACCUCCGUCCGAGUUCUCGCUGACAGUGUUGAGUGGCGUCCGCUUUGCCACGUUGCUUGCCAACCCGAACAUCAGCACUGUCUUGCCCUCGACGGUCUGGAAUCCGUCCAUUCAUUAUCAGUACCCCGACAGCUUUCGAAACUCGUGCCGCGAGAUUCUCCUUUGUUCCAACGCUCCUCGCAGCCAGAAACCACGCCCGGUUCCACGGGACACCAGUGACAAUGUAGCAGGAUUGCUACCGCGGGUUCUGUGGAUGGAAAUUUUGUCGUAUACUCAUCGUGAUUGGUUCGAGAGCCCCGAGUCCGAGACGGAGUUUUUGCGCCGUCGCCUCCGGGAAGAACAAGAAUCGUCACAGAGGGCUCACAAUGCCCGUAUGGAAGCAGAGGCUCGAUGCCAGCUCGCCGAAGAAGAACGCGAUGUCUACCGUGUGCUUGCCCGUCGUUACCAGUUGCGUUUGGAAGCUGCACUGCGUCGAAAUGGACGCGAUAACCACCACAACAAUCAUAGUAGCGCGUCGGAUAUCGAGGAAGACGAGGAGGAGGAAGGGGAGGCGAGGGCAAUGAGUGGAAGGGAACAAGCCGUGAUCUUUGGCUUGGGGGCGAUGCUACGAAGCAUCCAGUAUGAAUCAGGAGGUGAUGACGAUGAAGACGAAGAAGAGGACGAUGACGACAUUGACGAAGAUGACGAGGACGAGGGCAGCGAACCGAAUGAAGCUACUGGAAGGGCAAGUGGUGGCAAUGUGCAUAUGGAAGAAGACGGUCACGAAGAACUGAAUGAAGAGAUGGAUGAGAACGAUGGAGACGAUGAUGACGACAGUGGAUCAGUCAGCUACUUUCCCUUGGGAACUCAUGGCAUGACAGCACAUUCCACAUCUCUCAUUGUGCGUCCGCAGAGGCGCACCGUGUCGAUAACAGCUGAAGAUUUGUAA